AUGGGUCUCAUUCACCAAAUCGAGGAAAAGGUCAUGCAGCACGACGCCAAGAAGCACCACCAGAACGGCCCUGCAUCGCAGCAGCAGGGAGCCUACAGCGGCAAUGGCGGCUUCGGCGGCGCGCUGCAGCAGAACUACGGCGGGCUGGGCGGCGAGGGCGGCUUUGGCGGUCCGAGCGGGUUCGGGUGGGCCCUUUCGACUGCCUGA